CGUCAGAAAUACUGUACUCGGGAGCUUCGUAAAACGCUCCCCAUGCUGCCAUGGUCAGAAAUGAUGAUAGCACGCAUACGCCCACGAAUGCGUCAGACAGAGCCCGGCUUAGCGGGCGGGGGUAGCAAUGAGCGUUGCCGGGCAAGAUCGUGAGUAUCGCCGGUCUCUCCGCCUGCGAGGAGACUUCACUUCCAACACGUGGAAAUAAGCGAUCGCAGACGGGACUGGCAAUUUGGGCAGCGACGAUGGCCGCCUCUGGACUGCUAGACCUGCGUCCCUGUAAAAUAUAAACGCGUAGGCAGGCUCCACGUUGCUCAUCUUGGCAUCCGCCAGUGAAAGACUCAACACGCAAUAGAUUUCUAUCCAUCAAUUUUGAACAUGUUCAGAUCAACGAUUGCUAAGCUUCGUUGCAUGCGCUGUUCUAAGGAGGCCGAGCUCACUCCGACUGACGACCUCGAAGACGCGGGCAUGGUGAAGAUCGGACGCAACUUGUAUUACUGCUUCACAUGUGCCAACGUGACGGGACACCCGAAGGCACCAGGGGCUGCAAAGCUGCCGAAGCACACUGGAUGAGGAGCGGGCUGCCGGCGCCGCAUGCAGUUCGUCCG